GUCAACUGAACUACGUCUCCCAAACUGCUCUAAAUUUCAUCGCAUAGGGGUUGCAAAGAAACGUAGGAUUUCCUGUGGCAUUGCUGAUCUUGAACAUAUCCAAGUUUUACAUUCCCAGAAGUGCUAACCCCAUUUUAAUCUCCAUCGAUUUCAUGUCUUAACAAAAACCAUCGUAUUCGUACGCGUCCUAGACUACACAUCAACGUAGUUAGUCUAAAAGAAGUCGUCAAAAAUGUCCGAACCCACUGUCGCCGACACUCGCCGGUUAAACUCCAAACCGCAGGACCUUACGGACGCUUACGGGCCUCCUAGCAACUUUCUGGAAAUCGACGUGUACGACCCGCAGACUAUAGGAGUUGGACGCAAUCGGUUCACCACUUACGAAGUUCGGAUGAGGACGAAUCUUCCCAUUUUCAAGCUGAAGGAUUCAUGUGUACGGCGAAGAUACAGCGAUUUCGAAUGGCUGAAAAAUGAGCUGGAAAGGGACAGCAAGAUUGUUGUGCCUCCAUUGCCUGGAAAGGCUUUAAAGAGACAGCUCCCCUUUCGUGGAGAUGAAGGCAUUUUUGAAGAUUCCUUCAUAGAGGAGAGACGAGCUGGACUUGAACAGUUUAUCAACAGAAUUGCAGGCCAUCCUUUGGCCCAGAACGAACGCUGUCUUCACAUGUUCCUGCAGGAUGAAAGUAUUGACCGGAACUACAUUCCUGGAAAAGUACGGCAGUAGGGUUUUCCAAACUGGGACAAGGGAGGGUCUUUCUCCAGUUUUGAGCUUCUAUUCAUCUGCAAACAGUGCAGAGUAAUGUUUAUUUUAACACCAAGCAAAUCUGUGAUGAACCAUGCAGGGCUUCAUUUCUUUUGACAGAUCAUGUUUAGUACAUGUCUGAUCGUUUCUCUUUACACACACAUUGUAUUUAUUUUACAUCUAAACAGUGUACUCGUUAGUGUGUGUAUACAUUUAAAAAAACUAUGCGUUAAGCUGUAGCACUGUAAAGCGAAGAGGGUUGGCUCAUAUCUUUGUCCUCUCUGGCAACUGUUAGGGAAUAAGUGCUUCUUUUAAGUCCAAGAGUGGAGGUGCAUUGUUUCAUUCCAAACUUUGCUUAGUUGUAAGGGGCCUGAAAUCUGCUAAAAAAAAUCUUCUGAUAUAAAUCUGCAUUUGAAAGCUAUAGUUUAUUUGUAGUCAUGUGACCAUUAGCAGAAUUGUAAUGUGCCAGAAAGUAUUCAAAUUGACCAAUGGAACUUAGUGAUAGUUCACCCAUAAAUAAACAUUUCGUCAUCAUUUACUCACCCUCUUGACCUGUAUGACUUUCUUUCUACCGCAAAGAAGAUAUUUUGAAGAAUGUUGUUAACUGGCCCCCAUUCACUUGCAAUGGUUUUGUGUCCUUACAAUAGAAGUGAAUGGGGGCCAGUGCUGUUCGGUUACCAACUUUCUUCAAAAUAUCUUUUUGUAUUCUGUUGAAGAAAGAAAGUCAUACAUCAUUAUGGGUGAACUAUCACUUUAAGUAUGUUGCUUGUUACUCCCUUAACCAACCAAUGCAUAAUCUGAACAUGAAAUGAAAAGCACCAUCUCGUAAAUUGUGAAUGUUGACAACAUUUCAGUCUGAUUAACUCUAGUAAUCUAAUGUUCUGACACAUUGGAUAAUUAAGAGAUUAAUUCCAAUUUUAUGUGAGAAGAUUUGGUUCUGAAAAUGUGUUAUGCUAUUGUUCAAGAAAGUCUUGAUAUUAGGGUACACAAAUGAUCAAACAAUGAUUCAUACUAAAUAUAGACUAUAUCAAGCCUGUAUGAUGUAUGUAAAAGCCCAACAAUAGCUGUAGUAGCUAUUGUUAUUGCAUUUACUUAUGUUACAACAUAUAUUCUGUAUUAUGUCCUUUUGUCAGUUUAAAUAGAGUUUUCAAAGGUUUUAAUAAAAUCUACCUAUUUUGGUAUGAAGUGCUUAACACUUGUAUUUUAUGUGACGUUUUGUAGCGGUUAAACUCCAAAUUCAACCCCCCCCAAAAAAACUACCCAAAAGCAGCUCCCUUAGAGGACAAAAUAUGUGCCAACUGUGUAAAAGUUGUCCUGCCAAAGUUCAGUCAUUUUUUUUCUCAGAAUGACUCUAUAUUUAUGUUAUCUCCUAUGUUCAUCUAUUUAGUGCCUGUGACGUUUGUCUGUAAAUAAAGUCAAACAAAAUGUUAGAGCACUGGCUAGAGAUUUUAUAUCAGGAAAACGUCCCUUAUUCUGUUUAUUCUCUCUUCCA